AUGGCGCUCGACCGCCACAAGCCCUACGACCGGCUCCACUCGCUGAAGCAGCCAGCGCUCAUCAUUACAGGGACGCCAGAUUUCAUCACGCCGGCGCGCUGCAGCUACGACAUGGCCGCGCAGCUGGGCGGUUCGAUCUUAAAGAUGUGGAGUAUUUGCCGGAAGGGCGGGCCCGAGUGGGGCACCCUGACCGCCCGAAGUGGCGAGGUGGAGUUCUUCGACGAUGUCGGCGGGUCUCACUACUACAUCUUCGAGGUGGCCUUCCGCGUGAGAAGCUCCGACGGCGAGAAGGCCGCCGAGCUCGGCGAGGACCCCGGCGGGCUCGGGGGCGGCGAGGUGCGGAGGGAAGCCGCGGCCGCGGACGAGGAGCGAGACCGCCGAAAGGAGCAGGAUGCGCGGCAGUACUUGGAGAAGCAUGGCCUCACCAAUUUCAUGCAGUUCCUGAUGCAGAGCCUCAUGAAGGAUAAACCCGCGAACCCGUACUCCUUCUUGCAGAAGCAGGUGACGAAGCGCAUGGUGUCCGAGGUCUCUCGGACCAUCGCAGGGGACAGGAUAGAUCUUCUAGUCGAGGACAAGGGCUUGGAUACCCUGCUCGAGAAGUUUUCCUCUGGCGAGGUGCCCCUCGAGGUCACGCCUGAGCAGCUGGCGCAGCUGGAGCGUGACGCCGCCGCGGCAGGCGAGCAGCUGCGGGCGGACAACGCCAGGCUCCGCGAGACAGCGGCGAGGCUGAAGGAGAAGUACGGGCAACUUGUGGAGGAGACGACCAAUUUGCAAAAGCAGGUCUUGCCGGACACUCAGUUCCCGAUGAUGCCUGCCCCGCAGCCGGGGGAGUCCCAGCAGCUCGCCGCUUACAGGGAGAUCGCACACAUGCAGGUGUUUCGCCCCGACGUGAAGCACCCAGAGCAUCUGCUGGAGUGCGAACGGGCUGUCGGCUGGUCCAUGGAACACGCGGCAGAGUUUCACGGUGACAGAGACAAGCUAGUACUUUGUGGUGAAUCGGCUGGCGGGCAGCUGGCAGCAUUGCUUACAAUGAGGUUGCGCGCCUCAGGCAAAGUGCGAGCGGCUUGGUUGAUAUCACCACCAAUCGACUAUCGGGAGAAGAACAUAGCGCGAUUGCACCCUCUUGCGAGGUACAUGGUUCGCCUGUUGUUGGUGAGGCCAGCGUUUGGCAACGACGAAGCUGUCAUCUCAUCAGCCAGUCCAAUGAGCGGCUUCGAAUCAGGGCAUUGGGGGCGCAUACCCGUGCUGCUUACUGGGGCUUCAUCGGAGUUCGUGUUACCUUGGCUGAAUCGCCAGGCCGAUAUUAUCUCAGACCCCUAG